AUGUCAGGGAUCACCUCCGCGGUCAACACCUGCGAUAUCUCCGACAGCCCCUUGGCAGAUGCCAGCGCCCAAUCAGGAUGCACAGGAGGAACUGCUUACAUGUGCAGCGAUCAGUCACCCUGGUCCAUCAACAACGACCUAGCCUACGGCUUCGCAGCCGUGAGCGGCAGUAACCCGAACUGUUGCUCUUGCUACCAGCUUACGUUCACGAGCACCGUCCUCAGCGGAAAGAAGAUGAUAGUACAAGCGACUAACACUGGGGAUGAUGUCAGCAGUACGCAAUUUGAUCUCGCUAUCCCUGGAGGAGGCUUUGGACAAUACGAUGGCUGCUCGACGGAAUGGAAAGCCACUUCCGCUGUCCGGGGAGCACGAUACGGCGGACCAUCAUCCAAUACCUGCUCUUCACUCCCAAGUGCGCUACAGCCCGGCUGCGGUUUCCGCUGGGAUUGGAUGCAAAGUGCUGACAAUCCGACCGUCGAUUGGGAAGUCGUCACCUGCCCUGCCGAGCUCGUCGCAAAAUCCGGCUGCUCCGUCACCGGAUACAAUUCCGCCAACGCCCCAUCCGCUCCGGCCUCCUCUCCAGCCGCACCCGUACCUUCACCCAAAGCCCCCACUUCUUCCCCACUUGCCCCAGUCGCCAGCAAGCCGCCCGUGGAAUCCCCAAUCGAGAAGCCGACCACCAGCCCUAAAGCAGCCGCUCCCGCCACGACAAUCUCCCCAGUCGUGGUUCACAGCCCACCGCCCGCGGUUGCAUCGAAAGCCUCUCUGCCGCCCAAGCCGGCCAAGGCGGCUCCGGCUCAUCCUCACUGGAUCCCCGACGAGCAUCAGAAGUCGGCCGAGGAAGAGAAGGAACAUGCCGAGUGGACGCCUCCCGAGCGUCAGGAGUGGGCCGAAGAAGAGGGCAAACGAGACGACUGCGACGCCUAG